GAGAGGGAGAUGGAGACAGGGAGAGAGAGCGAGAGAGAGCGAGAGAGAGAGAUGGAGAGAGAGGGAGAUCGCUUAUAUAACGCGAGCACGUCGUCACAGCUCUGGCAAAUGCUGAGGAACUGUAAGGAGACCUUCAGAAAAACCGGGGAAGUGAGAGCAUGUCAACAGAUUCAUAAUUUAUUGAGCGAUAAGACGUCGUGGCGUCUCUCUGGAGCUGAGGGGACUUGUUGAAGGCAACCCGGGUGUUGCAGUGCUGGAGAUUGCCUUGAGGUCAAUCUUAGCUGUGGCACAUUAAAAGGAUCCAACCCCCACCCCUUGGUGGAGGAGGGGCACUGAGAUGAAGAAGCAAGGCAUGGUGGAGGCUUGGCGGGAAGAAUGACUGCACUGCUGGGGGGCUACACUAGGGAAGAGGAAGAGCAUGGUGUUGGACCGCCACCAGCGCCGGCACAGUGCGUCUUGAUGCGUCUGUAGACGCCGCACUCUGACGCUCCUCGCCGCGCCGGGGGGUCGGCUGCUCUGAUCCCAGCCCGCGCUCAGCAUGUUGGCGCGGCUCUCGAAGGUGCACUGCUUCCUGUGGCGAGCCCAGGUGCUGCUGUUCUUCCUGGGCAUCGCCUACCUAAUGGCGGGCAGCAUUCUGCUCCUGCAGCGCUCUGGCCUGCGGGUCACGCAGACCAGCGGGGUCCCCUCCCUGUCCUCCUCCACCAAGCCCCCGCUGUCCCUGGUGGCCCCCCCCACCGUGCCCAGGGGGUCCGGCCUGAGCGCGAGGCAUCGCUCCCGGUGGGCCACCUACCAGGCCACCCCGGGGCCUGGGUCGGGGCCGGGGCCGGGCACGAGGGCCAGGCGACACUGGGCCGACUCCCGCGGCCUGGGGGCGCAGCACCUGCAGCACCGCUGGUUCCACGGCCUUCUGCCCGAGACCCUUGAGCAGAGGGGCGCUCAGCUCAGCAGCAGCGGCAGCGGUCGGAGCAGCGGCAGCAGACGGAAAGGGACCUAUGUGGGCUGCUUCCUGCACGAGGCAGGGGACCGGGCCCUGGGGGGAACUAUCCUGUACGACCUGCGCAAGAUGACCAGCACCCUGUGUCAGGACACCUGCGCCGAAAGUGGGUACCAGUAUGCAGGUCUAGAGUAUGGGGCCGAGUGUCACUGUGGGAACCGCAUCAGAAGCUCCCAGGCCCCCGAGGAGGACUGCAGUGUGAGCUGUCGCGGAGAGAGGGGCACCCCCUGUGGGGGAGUGGAGCGCCUCUCCAUAUACAAGGUGGAACAACUCCCGGGACACAGGAAAUUCAGGAAUGUUUACUACAGCGGUUGCUUCAAGAUACCAAAGAGCACCAUCAGCGCCUUCCCCGUGGCCUCCCUCCAUCCCAAUCUCACCGUGCCAUCCUGCAUCGAGACCUGCACGGAUAAGGAGCUUCCGCUGGCCGUGUUGAAGGCUCCCCGAUGUUUCUGCGCCGGGACCAGCUCUCUCUUCAGCCUCUCCCAGGAGCCCCAGGCACAGAUGUGUGGGAGGGACUCUGGUCUGAACCACACCAGCCUGGUUUCCCCCGCUACUCCCACAGCACCCACGCAGCAGGACUACUACCAAGUGUAUCACACGCCUGUCCUCGACUUGAGGUGCAAAGAAAGGACCUUUUUGCCACAACGCUCCAGCAAUCUGGUGGCUCUGUCCAGUUUCCCCGGGGCGGGCAACACCUGGCUUCGACACCUGGUGGAGCUGGUGACGGGAUACUACACUGGCAGCUUCUACUUUGACGGCACGCUGUACAACAGAGGCUUCAAAGGGGAGAAGGACUACUGGAAGAGCGGCCGAAGCAUUUGCGUGAAGACCCACGAGAGUGGACAGAAGGAGAUCGAGAUGUUCGACGCGGCCAUCCUGCUGAUCCGGAACCCGUACCGGUCCCUGAUGGCGGAGUUCAAUCGCAAGUGCGCCGGGCAUUUGGGCCACGCGACGGACACACAGUGGAAGAGCAAAGAAUGGUCAGAGUUCGUAGCGAGCUACGCCCCCUGGUGGGCAUCCCACGCGCUUAGCUGGCUGAAGUUUGGCCAGCGGCUGCUUGUAGUGCACUACGAGGACCUGCACAGGGCGCUGUUCCCGCCGCUGCGCCUGGUCACGUUGUUCCUGAACGUUACCGCCAGCGAGGAGAGGCUGAUGUGCGCGCAGAGCAACCAAGACGGCCACUUCAAGCGCUCCGGUGUAAAGCAGCCGUCCUUCGACCCCUUCACGGGGGACAUGAGACGGCUGAUUGACUCCUUCGUCAGAUCCGUGGACCAGGCUUUGCUUGACAGGAACCUCACGGGACUUCCACAGGAAUACCUACCCAGAUGAUGGUGGGGCAGGGGAUGGUGGUGGGCAAGCCAAACCACGGAUAUGCCCAAGAAAGCUUCAGAGUAUACAAAAAUACAGAGUGCAAACUGUUGCUUCACCCAUGGAGGGGGGCAUAUUUAGAGGAUCCUGGAUACAAUGAUUGAAAGAUCUUCUCCGUGCUCACAGAUGGUCCAGCUGAUAUCAGGAAUGCAGGUGUAAGGAGUCCACUCCAGAGUCUUCUAACACGUUGAGCUCACUGUGAAUGGCUGGGAGGACACUUGACACAUUUUUCCCAUUAAAGAUGACCUGGGAGAAGCAGACGAUUGAUUGUAAAAGCCGGUUGAGAAUGUCACUUUCAGCUGAAAGCUCCAAGGUCAUAAACUGUCUGGUUCCGAUUCAUUAAAUUGUGGUGUUAAAGGGGUCUUAUGAAGUUACUUUAUCAUUUCAAAGUCAGAUUUUAAUCUGAUGUUGGAUAGCUAAUGGGUUGACCAGCCCCUUGAAAAGCCUCUUUAAAAUUCCACACAAGUAAAACAUUCCAUUUUUACAUGACGCUCAUAUCAGUAGGAUUAGUGUUGAAUGAGUUGACUCUUGUCCUGGUGUAUAUUCUCUUCAGCCAUUGGUCUAUGCCUCCACAUGAGGAACCACCAAUCAAAUCGCCAAAUUUUUUCAUAUUGAAUCAAUGGUUGAUUUGAUAAAGCCGUGUUGCAUACUGAAUGGUAAACAAUGUCUUGACUGUACAUUUCUCAAAGUACUAUGGCCAAGCUUACAGUCGACUUCAAGUUUUGUUCUAAACCGAAGGCUACACUGACCUUUGUGUAACCAAAUGUACUUUGUACAAACUUCCUGUCACCUUGUAAAGUAUGUGAAAUAAAAUGGAAAUAAAAUUGCAUAAGAGACUCCUAAAUAUUU